AAACCCCACAAGCACGGGGAGAGUUGGAUUCAGUCAGCAGAAAACCUGCUCAGAAGGAGCCACCCGCAGCUCUGCGGGGAAGGUCUGAUCAGGGCGGGUGCGGAGAGCAGGAAAGCUUCUCUGGCGGCCGAUGUGCCCAGGCUUGGCUAUAGUUCCUCAUCCAAUCACAAGUACAUUCCCCGGAGGGCAGUGCUCUAUGUACCUGGAAAUGAUGAAAAGAAAAUAAAGAAGAUUCCGUCCCUGAAUGUAGAUUGUGCGGUGCUCGACUGUGAGGAUGGCGUGGCCAUGAACAAAAAGAAUGAAGCUCGGUUAAGAAUAGUAAAAACUCUUGAAGACUUUGAUCUGGGCCCAACCGAAAAGUGUGUGAGAAUCAACUCAGUGUCCAGUGGUCUGGCCGAAGAGGACCUGGAGACCCUCCUGCAGUCCCGGGUCCUUCCUUCCAGCCUGAUGCUCCCCAAGGUGGAAGGGCCUGAGGAAAUCCGGUGGUUUUCAGACAAAUUUUCAUUCUACUUAAAAGGCCGAAAACUUGAACAACCUAUGAACUUAAUCCCUUUUGUGGAAACUGCAAUGGGUUUGCUCAAUUUUAAGGCAGUGUGCAAAGAAGCAGUAAAGGCCGGGCCUCCAGUGGGCCUUUUCCUAGAUGCUGUCGUUUUCGGAGGAGAAGACUUUCGAGCCAGCAUAGGUGCAACAAGUAGUAAAGAAACCCAAGAUAUUCUCUACGCCCGACAAAAGAUUAUUGUUGUGGCGAAGGCCUUUGGUCUACAGGCCAUAGACCUGGUGUACAUCGACUUUCGAGACGAAGAGGGGCUUCUGAGGCAGGCGAGAGAAGGAGCUACGAUGGGAUUUACGGGUAAGCAGGUGAUACACCCUAACCAAAUUGCAGCCGUCCAGGAGCAGUUUUCUCCUUCCCCUGAAAAAAUUAAGUGGGCCGAAGAACUGAUCGCCGCCUUUGAAGAGCAUCAACAAUUAGGAAAGGGAGCCUUUACUUUCCGAGGGAGUAUGAUCGACAUGCCAUUACUGAAGCAGGCCCAGAACAUUGUUACGCUUGCCACAUCCAUCAAGGAAAAAUGAUCUGCUAAAUCAAGCUCUCAUCAGCAUGUGCUCUUAUAUUGAAGGCUAAAGGGUAUUGAAGCUGCGGAGGAUCAGCUUGUGUUUGCCAGAGGACGCCAAUGAAAUUUGAAACACCAACAAUCAGAGAUUUUGUUUCUGCUCCUCAUUAAAUCAUGAGCUUUUGUGCCGAGA